AGCUGCAGGACUUUCCCUCAGUGAGGCUCCGAGUCUCUGAUGAUGAUGAUGAAGAUGAGGCUGCUGCUCUUCCUCUGCGGGGUCCUCCGGGUCUCUGCUGAUGUUCUCCAUGAGGACCUUCAGAUCAGAGGCUGUUCAGACUCUGAUGGAGAGGCCAUGUAUACUCUGGAUGGUGAAGAGAUGUGGUUCGCUGACUUCAAGCAGGGGAAAGGAGUGGAACCUCAGCCUCCUUUCAUUGAUCAUAUGAGCUUAGUGAAAGGAGCUUAUGACACAGCUGUGGCUAAUCAACAGAUCUGCAGAACAAACCUGGGCAUCCGUCGUAAAGCCCUGAAGGACACUCCUGUGGAACGAGAUCCUCCAUCCACUCCCAUGAUCUACACCAGAGACGAGGUGGAGCUGGGAGAGAAGAACAUCCUGGUCUGUCAUGUCUCUGGGUUCUAUCCUGCUCCUGUCAACGUCUCCUGGACCAAGAACGGCCAGAAGGUGACUGAAGGAACCAGCAUCAACGUUCCCUUCCCCAGCAAGGACAGCACCUUCACCCAGAUCUCCAGACUGGACUUCAUCCCUCAGCUGGGAGACAUCUACAGCUGCUCUGUGGACCAUCUAGCUCUACAGAAACCACUGACCAGGAUGUUUGAUGUGGAGCUGAACAGUCCUCAGCCCAGUGUGGGACCUGCAGUCUUCUGUGGACUGGGUCUGACCAUCGGACUCCUGGGCGUGGCUGUUGGGACCUUCUUCCUGAUCAAAGGAAAUGAGUGCAGCUGAUUGGCUGAUGGGUACUAGCUGCUGCUGAUUGGCUGCUGCUGAUUGGCUGAGGCUGAUGAUGUCAUGAUGAAUCAGCUCAGGUGUUAUUAAUGUUUUAGAGCCUCUUCAAUAAAACUUUAUCCACAGGUGUCUCUAAAUGAGUGUUUCCUCUGUUCCUCUAAACUAAGCAGGUCUGUCUGGUUUUCACAGUGAAACAUUAAUAUAUGUAACUUUAGGAAAUCACCUGUUAUCUCCAGCCUGGUCCACUGUUUAAUUCUAGGAGGAACCAGAACCUCACUCUCAGGUUUUGGUUCCUUCUAGAACCAGAACCUCCAGCUGGGUCGACUGUUCUGUUUAACUCUAGGAGGAACCAGAACCUCGCUCUCAGGUUCUGAGCUCGGUCUACUUUAUGUAAUUUUUUCCAUUCUUUCUUUGUUUUCUGAUCAAUAAAAUCAUGUUUAUCAGAAA